AUGGCGGGAGUCUCGUUCUUCGAGGUCCAGCUCUCCCCGUACGUGCCCCUGCUGAAGUGGUGUCGCGCCGUGGACGGCGUCUUCGGCUCGCAUCACUCGGUAUGCAGCACUUAUACGUGUCUCAUCGGUGAGCCGCGCAAUGACGACGAUGAUGCCGGUGCUGCGCACCCAAGUGAGCUGUGGGAAGAAAGGGAUGGUCUCCGCAGACCUUCCAAGGCGGCGGUCGAUGCUGCUACCACCACCGCGGCGCAACGGACGUCCAGUGUCAGUCCACCUAUGCGGAUGCCGCGUUGGGAGGGCACACCCGCCGCAACGGAAACGUCCUUCCGCACCUCCACUCUUCGCAACAGAGACGUCCCCCUUCGUGUGGCGGCAGUGCUGAACGGAAAUGUGCCUUUGGACGACGCCUCCAGCUCGACACCCGGCACGCGCGUCCUGUGCUUGGUGGCGCUUGAUGGCUCGCUUCUCACAGGAAGCGCGCCCCCUGAUUCCCCUUCGCUGUCGUGGCCAAAGGACCUCUUUCACACUGUAGGUGACUUCGUGUCACGUGAGGUCAUGCCACGGGUAUCGCUCCGACUGAUCGACGGCAGAUGGGCGCGUGCAGAGGCAUCAGAGCACCUGCUCGAUGAUGUCUGUAAGGUGCGGCAAGUGCUGGGAAGGAGCUACGUCGUACAGUACUCUUCGGACAGUGCAGCCGCAGGCUCUGCACGUGCGCGCAGCAUCGUGAUAGUGCUGGACCUUUCUGUCCCUCUCCAAAAACUCCUCGUCACCAUCCCGUCGAUGCGCUCGUCCUCCCUCCUCUUCACAGCGGAGGGCAAGGCGGAGCGGUGGCGACGCCGCCUGGCGGCUCAAUUUGCAGAGGCAGUGCAGGACACCAUCGGUCAGCUUGUCUCUCUGCACCCGGACAUGUUUGCCUUUACACGCGAGGACGCAGCAACGGUGGAGGGCGCGCCCACGGUCCAGCUGUCUCGCGGGCCUACGCACUUUACCCGCGAGAUGCACUGCCGCAGCAUCGCGGCGAGCGUUGCCCAGAUCUCCUCCCUCUCCCCCCACCCCGCCUUCGUAGAGGAGGUGGUGCGAUUGCUCUGGGGGUGUGAGGCAGACACCGACGGCACCGAGGCCACUGCAGCUACGACGCGCAGUGGUGAGAGCCUGCGUGUCCUACAGCGGCAGCCAGACCAGAUACAGCGCCGCAUUGAGGAACGGUUAUUGAGUGUCAUACGCCCCUGA